AUGUCAGCUACAAGCUGUGGCACCCUUGAUGGAGCUAAGACAAUUAAUGAGGAAGUCGAAAGUAAGUGUUAUAGAGGUUUUGCACCAUCAAUAAUGGCAGCCAUGACAGGAGCCACAACAAUAGACGUCGUUCUUCCCUGGGAAAAUGAAAUCUUUYUCAUAAAACAGAAAAGGGGGAAAUACUUUUCAGACACAUUUUUCUUCUACCUGGCAACCGUGUCGUCAUAUUCUAAAAGCAACGAGAUCAAGUUACGAGCAGCUGAAGCUUUGAAGAGGAACUUAACGGAAAUUGCAGAAACAUCCAAGUUGUUGUGGAUGAACAUCAGGAAAAUAUACCAGCUAAAUCAAGGAAUUUUUGAAGGGCUCGACGUGUUCUUCCAAGACUCUCUGAUGCAGAAGUCAGCUACAAUUGGUGAUGAAGCUCAAAAAGACAAAAAGGCAGAUCCAAAAAAAAUUAGAGAAGUAGUGAAUGAACUGUCUAGUGAGUUUGAAAACGCCAACGCACUGAUGAAGAUGUUUCCAAGGGAAAUUCUGGAUAACCCUCUAAGGUUCCAAGAAAACAUCAUCUACAGUCAGGUACACUCUGCUCUAGCAAAUACAGUACACAAAGAUUCGUUGUGGCAAGAUGCUACGAUUGCAGGCCGCAUGAAGGUGUUCAGUGACAUUUCAAUAAAGGAAAAUAUAAAAAAAGCCACGAAAAAUUUAUUUAACACAUAUAUCAAAGGAUAUCAUGAUGCCCAUCGUUUCUCAAAUAUCACGCAAGACAUCGCAAAAAGAUUGGACAUCGUAACUGAAAGAGCAGAUGAAGUGAAAGUAGUGGAAUCAUGUGAGGAAGACAAAAAAACUGCACAAAAACUCCUUGAUGAAGCGAAAGAAUUGCAAAAUCUUGUGGAUCACGAGCUGUAUGACAUAGUUAUAGACUUUGAUAGAGAUCUGAGGGCAUGGUUCACGGACACCAUUAAUUCUUUCGAGUUCCUGGAUCAACUCCGUCAAGUUCUUAAUCUUGUCAGCCCCAUUGUACCACAGAAUGUCCACCCAGAACUAGAUGAGCUUUACUCUUAUGUGAUAAGCAGAGCCGAUAAGGAAGAGAUGCCCGAAUUGGCCUGGACCCAGAAAGAUGGACAGUCGAUUUACUUUUUAAAGGAGGGAUCUUUGAAGCCCUACGAACAGCUUUCUAAUAUGAUUUUUAAGGUCAACAAAGUCUCUGAGUGUUACAGAAAGGUGUUCCAGUUUGUUGGUCAAACUGUUCAAGGUUGUUCAGAUGGUGUUGGAAGUCUGCGAGAGAUUUAUGACGAGAUCUCUUCACGAAUAUCAAUCGAUGAAUCCAAAUGCUGGUCUGUCUCACUGUUUAGCCAACCUUCUUUCCAAGAAAUCAAACAAACAGUAGAAAAAGCAGCGAAAAAGUUUGGCUUCAACAAAGACUGUGAACAGAACACCCCACAACAAGAUGAGGCAGGGAAUGUACGAAGCAUCAUUAUUGAUGAUUACAGUGACGAAUCUGAGAACGAAAAAUUCAGUCCAACACAAAGGUUCAUGGUUUGUAACCUGAGAGUAAAGCAUUCUAUGUCAGACGAAAAGAUAAACGAAAGAAUGGAUAUUCGGGAUUUACCAAAGGUGAAAGCUGUGCGAUGUAAAAACAACAAGAGAGCAGAUUCAAUGUAUGCCAGAGAAAGUCAGAUUGACAGUGAUUGACAUUAAACGUAGUAAAAAAGACGCCUGACACAGGUGAAAAUAGAAUAAAAUGUUGAAAUAAGACAAUUGAAUAUCUUAGCGAAGUUCUGUCAUUCACUAGAUAUAACUUUGAUUUUGUUUUCAAUCAAACGACCCGCAGUUGGUCAGUGUGUCUGACACAGGUGAAAAUAGAAUAAAAUGCUGAAAUAAGACAAUUGAAUAUCUUAGCAAAGUUCUGUCAUUCACCAGAUAUAACUUUGAUUUUGUUUUCAAUCAAACGACCUGCAGUUGGUCAGUGUGUAAAUUAAUUGAUCAAUUCCCAUCGUCACCUGUAGUUUCCA